UAAAUUAUGUUCAAUCUUUUANCUGGAUACAGUCGCAGCAAAGUGGCUGAUGAUAGGGAUGUAAGAGAAAUCUUUAGAAAAUAUGGCUCAGUCAAAGAAGUUGCUUAUAAAGGUUCAUAUUCUUUCGUUGUACUCUAUAUCAAUUUUAUCAGACUUUCAAUAGUGAAACUGAAGCUCAAGAGGCACUUAAAGAGACCAAUGGAAAAACAUACAAUGGUCAGAAACUCAAAGUUGAUAUUGUAGACAAUAGAAAAAGUAGAAAAACAGGACCAUCAGAUAGUGAUUUGUGUUUUAAAUGCAAUAAAGGUGGUCAUUGGUAUAAAUAUUAAUUUAUUCUUAAAAGGGCUAGAGAUUGUCCUAAUGGCAGAUCACCUCGUAGAAGUAGAAGAUAUUCAAAUUCGAGAUCUAGGUAAUUUAUUUAUAUUAUUUUAGACGUCAUAGAAGGAGAUCUGAUUCUCGUUCCUAUUCUUCAUACUCUUCAUCUAGAUCAAGAAGAAGAAACAGAUACUAUAGAAACAAACACAGACAUAGUCGAAGUCCAAAAAGAUUAGAAAAACCUAAAAAAAGAAGCAUCAGCAGAAAAAGAUCACCCUCUGAUUCCUAAUCAUCAAAACGUGGUAAUUCAGAAUCAAAGUCUUGAAUAAGAAUGGGAAAAAAC